CGUGAUAUCAAAAUGUCCGUCAAAUCCAUGACUCAAGACUUCCCGCUCGACAGAUAUAGGGCUGGCGGUGGACAUCCUACUGGCCAACGUAACGGCAUUGAGGAGAACCUUGAAGAAUCCUUCCCCAGCCACUUUACCCAGUUGUUCAACAAGUAUGCCGGACCAAAUGGCACCUGGCACAGAGACCAGAUCGGUCUGUUCAUGCACCACGUCCAAGUCGAAAACCCUGAUGGGUUGGCUAGUUACCUUGUUGAUCAAGAUGAGCUGAACCUACCCGAGCUAAUUAACUCAAGCCACAACACGUAUCUCACCGGCAACCAACUUUCAAGCGACUCAAGUACUGAGGCGUAUAAGGAUGCUUUGCUACGUGGAUGUCGUUGCAUUGAGAUUGAUGUCUGGGAUGGCAAAGAACAGUGGAAGCCAGGAUUCGGCUCAGAGGAUGAAGUCGAACGGGAAAUGAAGGACGCUUCUCUGGAUGCUGCACCUAGAAAAAUGGGCUUCAAAGAUCGAACCAUCAUCAAGAUUGGGCGAUGGGUCAUGAACAAGUUUGAUACGGUUGAUCCUCAUGGCAAAACGAUUGAUGACAGACUCUUGGAUGUUAUCGAUGCCGAGCCAAGAGUUCUGCAUGGCUUUACUCUCACCAAAGAGGUUCUCUUCCGCGACGUCUGUCAAACCGUCAAAGAGUAUGCUUUCACUACAUCCGACCUCCCGCUCAUUGUCAGCCUGGAAGUUCAUUGCUCUCCACUGCAGCAAGGCGCCAUGGUAAACAUCAUGGAGGAGGUCUGGGCUGACUAUCUUCUCCCUGCACCCGAGGUCGAGUCCGACUGCCUACCCUCUCCUCACGAAUUGAGGAACAAGAUUCUGGUCAAGGUGAAAUAUGUCCCAGAAGACGACAAAGGAAAGGGCAAGAACACGCCUGAUAGCACGGAUGAUGAGAGUAUGCUAGAGGUUGUGGUGGAGGGGGACGAGAAGAAGGUCAAGAAGGUCAAGCCACCCAAGAUCAUCCCGCGACUGAGCCGCCUUGGUAUUCAUACUCGAGGGAUUAGUUUCAAGUCACUUGAGGAACCCGAAGCGUCGAUGCCAAAUCACAUCUUCUCUCUAUCAGAGAAUGCAGGCUUCGCUAUUCAGAGACGUAUGCCAAAGGCUCUGUUCUCACACAACAGACAGUUCCUCAUGCGGACCUAUCCACAUGGUAUGCGGUUUGACUCGUCCAACUACGACCCUGUCAUUUUCUGGCGCGCUGGUGUGCAAGUCGUGGCUCUCAACUGGCAAUCAUGGGACCUGGGUAUGGUACUCAACGAGGGCAUGUUCAUGGGCUCAGAUGGAUAUGUUCUCAAGCCUGAGGGAUAUCGUCACGAUCCAAGCGAACUGCACAGUGUUGAGGAGUCUCAUAUCCCUAGUAAGACAUUGGAGAGGGUGGCUAUCACAAUCAUAGCAGCACAGAACCUCCCCUUACUCAGCCGUCUUGAUGAUCCCGCCAAGUUCAUCUCUUAUGUCAAGAUUGGCCUGCAUACAGAGCCAGAUGCGCUCUCAGCCAUGGUCGAUGAGGACGCUACUGUUGAACAGGUCAAGCAAGUUGGGUAUAGUAGAGAAACAGGUAAAAGCAAAGGAACCAGUCCAGACUUUGGAGGCGAGACGAUUGAGUUCCUCAAUGUCGAGGGUGUGGUUCCCGAACUGGCUUUUCUUUCAUUCAGGGUCAUGAAUGAUGUACCUGGACCUGAUAUCAUGGCUGCUUGGGCUUGUGUUCGUUUGGAUAGGUUGAGGCUUGGAUAUCGCUUCUUGAGGUUGCUAGAUAAGGAGGGGAUGCCGAGCAAGGGUAUAUUGUUGGUCAAGAGUGAGCUCAGGGAAGUCUCUUAG